CGUAGAUUCCAAGGGAAGGAGAGGAAGACUGACAGAGAGAGAGAAGGGGACAGAUAGAGGGAGGUCUUUGUGUUUCUCUCCACUGUUUGAAGCCUAUAGCCCGCUUUGCCACACUCAGGCCCAGUGACUGACCCGGACCCACUUGGUCUUCUGUUUGCUUUAGAACCCAACGGACAGCACACACACACACCCCUGUGUACUUAGAAAGUAUACUGAGGGAGACACACAUACACUUAGUUUUGAUCGUCCAGAUUCACAUUUCCAUACUUCUUCUACUUUUAACACACAUACACACUAAUUAAUAGUUCAGUGGGAGCCUGCAGAAAGGGAGCCGUUGUCCCGCUGGUGAAAUAAUGAAACAGGCUGGCCAGUGGCUUUGGUAGGGGUUGCUAUGGGUACACUGGGAACGGGGAGAGGGGUGGGUGAGAGGACUGGACUCAGUGAGAGAGACUCGAACAUUCCAACCCUGAUCGUUGCACAUUUGAAGCAGAAUUCCCAUGGGAUAGAAGAAGUGGACUCAGUGAAAGGGAGAUCACACAGACAACUUAAAGACAAAGAGAAGGAGAGAGAAAGGUUGAAAAGAAAGAGAAAGAAUAAGGGAGCAGGGAAAGAGAGAAAGAAUGGAAAGCUGAAGACUUCUCAUUAACAAAUAGACAGGGGUGCGGAGUUCCAGCGUGUCUCCCAGCAGAUGUGGAAGGCUAAGUUGCUGCGUCAGGAGCAGAGCUAAAAGGCUAACAUCUGAGAAGCAGAGAGGACGACAACAUGCCUCCCUGACCACCGCCAUCCCUAUUUGCAUACAACCUUCAGGAUAUCCCCUCGGUGAAGAUGUAGUCCAACUGGUUGCCUUGGAGAUGUUUCUAAACAGGGCUUCCUCUUGGUGCCGUCCCCGUGCCCUGUUGCUGUGGACUCUGUGGGUUCUACUCCUCCCCUCAACUGUCACCCUGACCACAGGCCCCGGCAACAGCACCCUGCUCUUUGACAGCACCGACAACAGCAAGAGCCUGCGGAACUGCAGCUGCUCCGCCCACAUCCAGGACUGUGACGAGGCGCUGGCCAACCUGCUGUGCAGCUGCCACACUGUGCUGCGCUCCAAGCUGACCCCCGGUGGCCUGAGGGAGCAGGGCGGACUGACUGUGUGGCUCAGAGAGCCCUGGGUUCUCACAGAGCUGCUGAAUGGCAGUGUGGUGCUCGACCUCCGCCUGUCGUUCUGUGGCACUGGCACCCUGGCCAUCCCCAACCAGUACCUGGCCCUGUUUGGCCUCCGUAGGCUGAGGGUCCACAGUGCUGCCCAGGACGCUCCACACCUGGAGCAGGUCCUCACCAUCUCCUCUAGUAGGGAUAUGGAGGGGAUGGGGUACCUCUCCUCUACUGACCCCGCCUCCCCCUCCUCCGUUCUCCAUGUAUCCAUCCUGGAUGUGUCAGUGCUAAAUGGGUUGUCGUCCCUGAAGGCCUACAGUGUGAGUGCCACUCCCAUGUCCACCCUCUUCCAAUACUUCCCCCACCUGCCCCUACACCCCUCCACCGCCCUGGAUCAACCCCCGGAGCCCCAACAGGACUGCCUCCUCACCUUCAUAUACUAGACCUGUAGGCUCUGAGCUCAGAGCUAGAUCUGUGGAAACUAGACUGG